GGAGUGCUGCGCUCGGUGAGCCUGGCACCCGGAGCAGCCGCCUCCCCCUCCCCCUGACAACACCGCUAGAAACCCCUUCUCAUCCAUUCUCCGGGGCGGGGACGAGCUGGGCUGAAGUGCCCCAAGCGGGCGGGGCGGAGCCUGGAGCCCCACCGAGCGCUGCGGAGCCAACCUCACCUCCUUUCCAGGGUGCAAGUGUGAGCCACUGCCCCUUCUUGUGUUGAUGCUGAUCUGCCAUGCUAGCCUGUCUACCAGGGCCAGGUGACCUGUCCUUUCAGCUUCCUUCUCACACGCAGAUGAACACUGGACUUCAGAAAUGGGACACUACACAGAAAAUGAGAACUGCUCACUAUCCUACCCCAGCCGAAUUGGAUGCGUAUGCUAAGAAGGUCGCAAACAACCCACUGACUAUAAAAAUCUUCCCCAACAGUGUGAAGGUUCCCCAGCGGAAACACGUUCGUCGUACUGUGAACGGCCUCGACACAGCAGCCCAGCGCUACAGCCCCUACCCGACUCAGGCUGCCACCAAGGCAGGCCUGCUUGCCAUUGUCAAAGUGCCAGCCAAAAGCAUACUCAAGGACUUUGACGGCACCCGAGCCCGAUUGCUCCCUGAGGCCAUCAUGAACCCCCCAGUGGCACCCUAUGCUACUGUGGCACCCAGCACUUUAGCCCAUCCCCAGGCCCAGGCUCUGGCCCGCCAGCAGGCCCUGCAGCAUGCACAGACCCUGGCCCAUGCCCCUCCCCAGACGCUGCAGCACCCUCAGGGUAUCCCACCACCCCAGGCACUGUCCCACCCUCAGAGCCUCCAACAGCCUCAGGGUCUGGGCCACCCUCAGCCCAUGGCCCAAACCCAGGGCUUGGUUCACCCUCAGGCCCUGGCUCACCAGGGUCUCCAGCACCCCCCCAACCCCUUGCUGCAUGGAGGCCGGAAGAUGCCAGACUCAGAUGCCCCCCCAAAUGUGACCGUGUCUACCUCAACUAUUCCCCUUUCGAUGGCGGCCACCCUGCAGCACAGCCAGCCCCCGGACCUGAGCAGCAUCGUGCACCAGAUCAACCAGUUUUGCCAGACGAGGGCAGGCAUCAGCACUACCUCAGUGUGUGAGGGCCAGAUCGCCAACCCCAGCCCCAUUAGUCGCAGUCUGCUCAUCAAUGCAAGCACUCGGGUGUCGACCCACAGCGUCCCCACACCAAUGCCUUCAUGUGUGGUCAAUCCCAUGGAGCACACGCAUGCGGCCACAGCUGCAUUGCCUACCACAGGCCCUGUCAACCUGCCCACAGGCAUCUCUCGAGCCCCCACUGGCUACACUAGCGACCUCAAGCCAGUCGCCUGGAACCAGCACCAGCUGGCCCACCUACAACAGAUGUGCAGCGAGGCUGGUGGGACGCCAGCCCCUGGCCUAACAGGCAAGCAUGCAGCAGGACGCGAGUUGGCAGGGCCUGGCUUUGUGGGCAAGGCCCCUGCCUACCCGCAGGAACUCUGCCUGGCACAGUCCUUUCAUCUGAAGCCACCCCUGGAGAAGCCGACCCCAUCCCCACCAGUCAACGGCCUGGCUGCCCCACUGGCCUACCCCAAUGGUCACUAUUUCCAACCCCUGUGGAACAACAUUCUGCCCACUCCCAAUAGCGACAGCUCGGGGUCUCAGGACCUCGCCAUGCCGUUCCACAGUGGGCAGCCCACGGGUGCACCCCUCGACUGUGCAGCAGCAGCUUCUGGGGCCCACUACCGAGCAGGGACUGGGGGUGGGCCAGUGGCAAGCCAGAACAGCUUGAUGCAAACAGUGGAUUACCUAAGCGGGGAUUUCCAGCAGGCCUGCUUCCGAGAACAGAGCCUGGCCAUGCUGAGCAAGGCCCAGCGAGCCCCUGGCAGCCGAGCCCCUGAUCCCACAGAUGGUCGGAGUCUUCAUAUUCAGCACCCAGGGUAUAGAUAGGAAGCCCCGGUGUCCUCUACAAGCAACACACCAUACAUCACCCUCCUAGGUUUAGUCUUACUUUUAAAUAACUGGAUAGUUUCAAAGUUUCACUGCUCCAAUGUGAUCACUCCUAGAUGUCUGAGAAAGGGAAUUUGGUGGGAUUUAAUUGAGGACGGAAAAGGGGUCCUCUCAUCCUCCCCUCUGGCAACUUUCUGUUUUUGUGUUAGAACCUAACCACCCUGAUUUUUCUCUCUGUUCCCUGCCUGUCCCCUCACCUUGACCAUUUUGACCAACCUCCUGCCAUCUUCCCAAACCUCUCUGUCUAUUUUCCUUAGGACUGAAGUGUAGGCUAAGGGAAAGGCCCUAGGUGACAUAGCUGUAGGUACCCAGGCCCCUGAGCUAGGCCUCUCCCUGUCUCUUUGGGACUAAGAAGCCAGACUUUCCAAAUGCUCUGGAAGCGAAUUUAUUUGCCCAAAGAUCUUCAAAUCAAAAUUGACCCAGUAUUUACUUCCUCCCUGCUCCUUUCCAUUCCUCAAGGCUUUGCUUUGUAUCCACAUUGAUCCCGGAGCCUCUGCGCUGUUCCUCGCUGCGCUGGACCACAAGGGCAUCCUGCAGGUAUUUGGCCAUAGCCUUGAGACAUGGGGGGAAAGUCUGUCUUUAUAUUGACGUCUUCGUCCCUGACUCCCCUUUCCAGAUGUGGGCAAGAAGUGCAUGCCCAACUUGCUCUUGCCUUUCUCCUAACUUACCUGCUGCCCUCAUCCCCUACCCUUCCUUUCUCCCUCUAAAACAAAAAAAACAAAGAAACAAAAAAACCAAAAAAAUAAAAUAAAAAAAAAAAACAAACACAAAAACCCUACACUUACUUGAGGAAUUAGGUAGAUGAGGGAUGAUCACAUUGGAGUUUGGAAUUAAAAACACCAAAAAAAAAAAAAAAAGUUAAAAUACAUUUGGUUCUCUCUACACUGGCUAAGAAUAUUGCUCUACACUGUAAGUUUUAAAUGUCAUGUUUCUGUAUGAAUGUAGUGUGGGUUUGAGUAGCAUUGUGUAUGAGUGGCCACAGGUACAUUCGCUCUCUAGUCACCUUCCUUUGCAGCCCCUCAGUUUAAUGGAGAAAGAAGAAAAAAAAAAAAAAAACACGAAGCCUUAAGCUCUUUGAAUUUUUCCUUCACCAAAUGAGCAUGGUUCUAACAGUUGGAGGCCGGCCUCUAUUGGACACAGCCAGCCCCUCCCACCCCUGCCUGUUCUUAGCGCAUAAUCUCAUCCAUCUACUCCAUGCUCAACACGUCUCAUUCCCAGGUGGCACGUAGUUGACAAGAAAUUUAACACUUUUCUGUAACUCUAAACUUAGAUUAUGUUUUAUUGUAAAUUUUUGCACCCAUCUCUGUUAAAGAUGCACAGUUCGGCUUUUUUUUUUUUUUUUUUUUU